UAUCUCCUCUCCUGGGUAGUCAGACCUCCUGAGCAGUCUUCACAGUAUCAUCUGCAACAAUGCUCACCAGCAGAGUCAGCAUGUCAAGCCGGUCCGGGCGUUUCGGAACUGGGAGUGUUAGUGGAGGUGGAGGUGGAGGUGGACGCUCAACGCAAAAGGGCUAUGCCUCAAGUGUGUAUGCCGGUGCAGGUGGCUCUGGAUCUAGAAUCUCCACAAGCUCUUAUGGAGGUGUGAGGAGCAGCGGUGGAGGUGGAGGUGGAGGAUAUGGUGGAGGAUAUGGUGGAGGAUAUGGUGGAGGCUUCAGUGGAGGAUUCGGUGGAGGUGAUGGUGGUGCGGACUUGCACGUCUCCGCCAACGAGAAGGCCACCAUGCAGAACCUGAACGACCGUCUGGCCACCUACCUGGACAAAGUGCGCAGCCUAGAGAAGGCCAAUGGCGAGCUGGAGCUGAGGAUCCGCCAGUUUUUGGAGAGCAAAACCGCCCCCAAUGCCCGUGACUACUCUGCUUUUGAGCUCACCAUUGCUGACCUGCAGGGAAAGAUCCAGGCUGCCACCUGUCUCAAUGCAGGAAUCUAUCUGUCUAUCGACAACGCAAAACUGGCAGCAGACGACUUCAGAACCAAGUAUGAGAAUGAGCUUGCCAUGCGUCAAUCAGUGGAGGCAGAUAUCGCCGGUCUGAAGAGACUGUUGGAUGAGCUGACACUGGCCAGAUCCGACCUGGAGAUGCAGAUCGAAGGCCUCAGGGAGGAGCUGAUCUACCUCAAGAGGAACCACGAGGAGGAAUUGGCAGCCAUGCGCACCCAGAUGAGUGGACAGAUCAACGUGGAGGUGGACGCAAAACCUCAGGCAGACCUGAGCGCCGUAAUGGCUGAGAUCCGUGAGCAGUAUGAAGCUGCAGCUGGCAAGAACCAGAGAGAGCUGGAAGCCUGGUUCCAGACAAAGUCAGAGACUCUGAACCAGGAGGUGGCAGUCAGCACAGAAGUUCUCAAUACCACCAAGACAGAGAUCUCUGAGCUCCGUCGCACACUGCAGGGCCUGGAGAUCGAGCUGCAGUCACAAAUGAGCAUGAAAUCGGCACUGGAAGGCACCUUGAACGACACAGAGUGCCGUUACUCCAUGCAGCUCCAAGGCCUCCAGAUGAAGGUGACGAACCUGGAGGGACAGCUGAUGGAGCUGCGUGGUGACAUGGAGCGCCAGAGCCAAGAGUACAAGAUGCUGCUGGACAUCAAGACACGGCUGGAGAUGGAGAUCGCAGAAUACAAGAGGCUGAUGGACGGAGAGGGCAGUAUGGGUAGUAUGGGAAGUAGUGGGUCAAGUUCAAGAACAUCCACCACAACAAAGGUGGUCGUGGUCACACAGGAAACCAAGGACGGCCAGGUGGUGUCCACCUCUAGGACCACCACAUAAUCUGUCCCACAAAGCAACCGCAACACAGAGGGUCACAACCGAAGAACACAAGCUCAACAUCGAAACCAAAACCUUCCUUCAUAUGAUCAUGUGAAUGCAAUAAAAAGGCUCUCUGUUUGCUGACUACUA